AUGGCUCUAUAUCGCCCCAUCUUCUUCUUGAUCAGUCUCCUUGCCUCCGUGGCUGCGGACAAACCAGCCGGUAGGAAUUCGAGAUGCGCGUGUGCGUCACUCAAAAAACCUGAUAUCCCUGGCGCUAAGGUCAUAUCCAUCAACGGGACGCAACUUCUGAACCACACCGUCACUGCAUUCCCAGGCCUCCUCCCAGAGCCAGUUACCGGCCUUGACAUCUGCGCGGUCGACGUGGUUUUGAGGCACCAAGGUGCACAUGACCAAGUCCUUGUCAAAGUUUGGUUGCCACUAAAAGGUUGGAAUGGGCGGUUCCAGGCCAACGGCGGAUCAGGCUUCGCAGCUGGUGCUCUGGAUCUGACUCUGGGCCCUACCGCCAAACUGGGCUAUGCGGCGGCAUCAACAGACGCUGGUGUGGGAUUCAACCCGCUGUCGCCUGCGGAAUGGGCAUUGCUGGCGGAUGGAUCCGUGAAUCAAGAAGCUCUGGUCAACUUUGCGUAUCGGUCUGUUCAGGAUGUCGGUCUGGUUGGAAAGGCUAUAACUGAGCAGUUCUACGGGAAGAAACCUCAAUACUCGUACUGGAACGGGUGCUCAACUGGUGGCAGACAAGGACUGGUUGCCGCACAGAGAUACCCAGAUCUGUUUGACGGGAUUCUGGCCGGCGCGCCCGCAAUCUCCUGGCCAACAUAUGUGGUGGCGGAACAGUGGCCGCAAGUUGUCAUGCACGAGGAGAACACAUAUCCGUCAGCUUGUGAGCUCAAGGCGUUUACUGAUGCCGCAGUUGCCGAAUGCGAUGCCGUUGAUGGACUUACGGAUGGAGUCAUCAACGAUCCCAACGCUUGCCAUUUCGACCCGUACAGGCUGGUUGGACAUGGGGUUGAAUGCGAUGGAACAAACAUCACAAUCACCGAGUCUGUUGCAAGGGUGGUUCAAAAGGUGCACCAAGGGCCUUUUGAUCAGGACGGGCAGCGACUUUGGUAUGGCUUGAAUCUCGGUGCUGCUUUGGACACUUUGGCCAACACAGUUGUGAUUGACGGGGCACGCAAGGGGUCUUCAUUUUUUGUCAAUGAUGCUUGGAUUCGGUACUGGCUUGCCAAAGACCCCAAAUAUGACCUUGAUCAGAUUGAUUACACGACGCUCAAGAUUCUAUUUACCCAGUCGGCCAAAGAAUACGACACCAUUAUUGGUUCAGACAACCCCGAUCUUUCAGCAUUCGAAAACGCAGGUGGCAAACUACUCGUCUGGCAUGGCUUGUCUGAUCAGAUCAUUUUCCCCAGUGGAAGCGUCAACUAUCGCGAUCGAGUCGAGCAGUUACUGGGCGGCCCAGCCAAGGUAGACGGGUUCUUCCGCCUAUUCCUUGCCCCGGGCGUCGACCAUUGCGCCGGGACACCAUCCCUUGGUGCCGUCCCGACCGAUCCUUUUGGGGCGUUGGUAAGCUGGGUGGAGGAGAAGAAAGCACCGGCCCAUCUGUCCGCCCAAGUCUCGGGAGCUGAUCGAAUUAUCUGCCCUUACCCUCUGACGUCGAGGUAUAUUGGAGGCGGAAACGCUUCCGCCUCUAGUUUCGAGUGUCUUUAG